AUGGAUGUGGAUGGCGUGCCCAUGGAUGUCGACCAAGAAAACCGGAUGGAUAUCGAUCAAACCGAUCUCUCGCUAGAUGUGUCGUCAUUCUCAUUCUGCAGGGAAACGAAGCCUUACAAAGCCGUUCCCAACCCUGGCGUUCAUCCAAUAUAUCAAACGAUGAUCUUGGAUAGAUUCAUGGUGCAGUUUGAAGCUUUCGUUGAGCAAGCUCGACGAGAACACCUCCACUCUCUCUUUCUCUUAACGCAAUGUAAUAAGAACGUCCGCGAGCAACUGGGUUGCCUCGCAAACAGUCUCCAAACCCUCCCGGUAAGUAUUCUCAGUAGGAAUUUGUCGAACAUGAGCGGUGCAGAUCAUACUCAAUUACUACAAACCGCCAAUUUAAUAUAUUUUGUCUACUCCCACCCUACUCGCCCUUACGGCGGCGCCUUCGAGAUCUACACAUACGAUGAUACUCUCAAUUAUCUCAUAAGGUACUCUUCAACUUUUGCAUCUUUAUGA